AUGAGUAGCAACGAUAGCAACAGCAACAGCGUCUCUACGGCCGCGCCGGAUGGGAAACGGAUCUUUUUUGGCCAGUUUGACGUCACGAAUCAGGUCUUCCUCACAACCCCCCACUCCUUCGCCCUCGUCAACCUCAAGCCCCUCCUACCGGGUCACGUCCUAGUCUGCCCGCUACGCCCGCAUCGCCGUCUAACCGACCUCGCGCCAGCGGAACUCACAGACCUCUUCUCGGCCGUCCAGCGUGUGCAGCACAUGCUGGCGCGGCACUAUUUUUUUGGUCAUAAUCAUGAUGACAACAAACCCGGGUCAAAAUCCAACCACCCCCCCGCAACCAUAACAUCAACAACAACCACCAACCCCCCUCCACCGCCUCCCCAGGAAAACCAAACCCAAGGACCCCCCGGCUCCUUCAACAUAGCAAUCCAAGACGGUCCCGAAGCAGGCCAAACAGUCCCCCACCUCCACGUGCACAUCCUCCCCCGCAUCCGCGGCAGCACAGCCAAACCAGCGACCACGCCGUCCGACGCGAUCUAUGAUCAGAUGGCUGGAGAGGAAGGGAAUGUUGGGGGGGCGCUUUGGGAUCGGGAACUGGAGCGGGAGCGAGAAGACUCUGUAGAGGGGGGACGGGGGGGACGGCCAGUGCCGGGGGGUGGGUUCCCGCGGAUUGAGGAUGCGGAUCGGAUGGCAAGGGGGAUGGAGGAGAUGGAGGCUGAGGCGAGGGUGUAUCGGGGGGUGUUGGAGGAGAUGGGGAAAGGGGGAGAGUGA